GCUGACGACUACGAGCUCGACCGCUUGGCCGAGCGCGAUGAGGCGUAUGCCAAGCAGCAGGCAGCAGCUCAGGCAGCUCGCGAUGUACUCGACGGUGCUGAUGCGAAGUGCAGGGCCUGCGUCAAGGAGCUUGCUGGACUGGCGGCGAACCUCCUGCCGCUGUGGCCUAACCCUAACCUUGACGGGGUCGAGUUUGUGGAGCCCGAGCGUGAAGUCAAGCCAGCUGAGCUAGUCG